UGUUUGUUGCACCACCUCUAAUUAUUCCCAUAACACUUGUCGUGUUUUCACAACAAAAAGAAUAUGAAUCAAUCCCAGACACGUAAAAUGCUAGCCCAAUUUACCAUUUCUUACAUCUUUUAUCUCUUCCUUUUCUUGAUGAAAAUUCAAAAUGUUGGACGAUUUUGCAGGGAAUUGGGAAUGGUAUAGUGAUAUAAGCCAUGGAUGAAGCAAAUGACGGUUCUAAUCAAUCUCAGACCAAGAUGUCCAUAUCAACUAAAACACCUCUGUCGGAUAUAGCACAAGCGUUUGAGGAGUUGUCGGAAUCGUUGGGGUCUCAGACCAAGGAUCAAGAACUUCCGUUGGAUACAUUCUGUGAAGCAUGUUCUCUGGUUUCUGUUCUUUUCAGCUGCCUCGGCCUCGCCUUCAAAUUCGCCGAGUUGGAGUACGUCGCCAAGGUACAUGAUCUGGUGGAAGCAUCCAAGAGGUUUGCCACCUUAGAAAAUGUUCUUGAUCUCGAUGUCGCUAACGACACGGUGAAGACACCGGGAAGCCAUUCACGUAACCUGCGUCGUGUUAGACAAGGCCUCGACCUCAUCCGCGCUUUAUUCGAAGAAUUUGUGUCGUCUGACUGUUACUCUUUGAGGGAUGCGGCUUCAACAGCUUAUGCUCAAGUGUGUGCACCAUACCACACAUGGACUGUCAGGACUGCUGUUUCUGCUGGAAUGUAUACUCUUCCAACAAGGGAAGAACUUCUGAUCAAGCUCAAUGAAACAGAUGAUACAGCAGAGAAGAAAAUGAGAAGGUAUAUCGAAGCUUCGCGUCCAGUAAUAGCGUACAUCGAUAAGCUUUAUAUUUCUAGGAAUGUCACAUUGGACUGGUGACUCAUUACCUCAACUGGGGGAGUGAAACCACACA